ACAUCACAAUUAGAAUUGAUCUUGAUCUAACCACAAGUGACCUAUAUAUACACACUAUAUUGCCAAAAGUUUUUGGGACGCCCCUCCAAAUCAUUGAAUUCAGGGGUUGGGCUCGGCCCCUUAGUUCCAGUGAAAGGAACUCUUAAUGCUUCAGCUUCAUACCAAGACAUUUUGGACAAUUUCAUGCUCCCAACUUUGUGGGAACAGUUUGGGGAUGACCCCUUCCUGUUCCAACAUGACUGCACACCAGUGCACAAAGCAAGGUCCAUAAAGACAUGGAUGAGAGAGUUUGGUGUGGAGGAACUUCACAGAGUCCUGACCUCAACCUGAUAGAACACCUUUGGCAUGAAUUAAACCGGAGACUGUGAGCCAGGACUUCUCGUCCAACAUCAGUGCCUGACCUCACAAAUGCGCUUCUAGACGAAUGGUCAAAGAUUCCCAUAAACACACUCCUAAACCUUGUGGAAAGCCUUCCCAGAAGAGUUGAAGCUGUUCUAGCUGCAAAGGGGCGGGUCAACUCCACGUCCAUGUCAAGACAGACGUCCCAAAACGUUUGGAAAUAAGUUGGCGUCAAAGUAGCUGCAGUUUGGUCAUCUCGACGCGUGAUGGUGCUGUGAGGAACAAAGCCUGAGGAAAGUUUCUACACAAACAUCCGGCGGUGUUCUCGGGCUGUUCAACAGCUCCGUAGAUUUCUGGUAUUUUUAAUGGAGACUGUUCAACUCAACGCCUCUGUUAUAAACACCGAAAUUAUUCCACGUGUUCUGUUUAAGCACGAAAACCGUGUGAGGAAGUCUGUGAAGUAAAAGCUCUAGACGUUUAUCUGGAGAAGAAUAAUUCGCCUAGCUGUGAUGAUGGAAGACGGAGUCUCAAGGCAGGAGGACACUAAGGAUCCUCUUCUCCUGCCCUCUCUGCGUCUCCUGGUGCCACCUGUGAGACUCAUGUCAGCAGUCCUGUGGCGGGCCGUGCAGCAGCAGGAUGUAAUGCAGUACGGGAUGCUUGCAGACUUUGUUUCGCUGGUUACUGAAGCUGUACCGGAGCUCUGUAGUCCCACGCAUGCAGUCCAGCUUGUUCUGGGUCUGCGAGCAAAGCUAAUUUUGGAGCUGUGCUACAGGGAGGAAACAGUGGACACACAUUUGAUCCAGCCUCAUCUCAAUAGCAUUCAGUUGGUUCUUCCUCUGGUCAAACAUGUGGACAGCACGGAGCUAGAAGAGACAGGGGUCCACUUUGUGGAAUUGGUUCAAACACUAAUCAAAGACGCUGACCAGAGAGAGCAUUUCUUCCAGAAUGUGUUUCCAGUGGAGUUUGGACCCAGCUAUGACUCUGCCCUUCAGACACUUAUGUGGGAUUUCCUGUCCCGACUGGAGCACUUCCUGCCAGUGCCAGACCUCCUUCAGACAGUGGCCUGGCUCAGAUCUGAAUCUUCUGCUUUAAAAGACUGUGAGGAAUCCAUCAGCAACCCAGAUAGCUUGAGAUCACUGCUCCAUCACCAUAGGUGCCUUGGACAUCUGGAUACUUGUGCCUCCUCGUUGUUGCCUCGCGUUGGUGACUGCAUCCUGACUGCUCUGUCUGGCAAGAGAAACCAAGGGUCUCAGAUGAACUCGGGCCUCAAUCCACCUCCUCACACUGAGAUGCCCAUGUGUGUAAUGGACGGAACCGAUGUCGAGACCGUCGUAGUCACAUCCGAAUGGACGGAGAUUGAAAUACAUGCAAACCAGCAAACCAGAGAGGACAAUAGCGAGGACGGUGUUGAUUCACCCCCAGCUACUGACUGCGACCAGAGCGAGUCACGGUCUCACAGAAACACUGAGGAAAGCGAAAUCCAGCCUGGGAAGCACACUGACUCUGAGAACUGUUUCAGAGAAUCUGCACUGAUGUAUAAUAAACAUGAUGAAUCUGUAGGCUGCACUCAAGACAGGACUGCAGAAACAGUACAACUGGAAUGUACUGCUAAGGAGAGACAGAGUCUGACCUGUAGCACCACGCCUCCUCUGGAUUCUACACUCACUGUACCGGUAAAUGCUGCUGAUGGAGCUGCCGCUUUCACCAUCCCCACCGGGACCCGAAGAUCAGCUCGAAAGCCGAAGAAGACUUGGAAGUUGAGAUUGGUUAACCUUCAGAAGCAGAAACGAAAACCUGGUGUGGUAACCAGACAAAAGCAAGAGAGAACACCGCUCUCACCUAUGAGAAACUCGGAAAGGGUCACUGAGAUAUAUGGAGAAUGUAUCACUUCAGAUAACGGGGAUGUUGCUGAGCUGUCUGUAUCUCCUGGACUUGCCACAAGUGAUGGAAAUACAGAGCUCUCCUCCAAAACAUUCUCCUGCCCUCACUGCCCAUUUACACACAUUCAGGAGCGAUAUGUGAAAAGUCACAUGAAAAAGGUUCACCCUGUUUCAUCAUCGACCGAGAAAGAGCCUCAUGUGUGCCAGGUGUGUGGCAAAGGCUACCGCUACCCAGGCAUGCUGAAAGCACACGAGCGCAGCCACACGGGCGAGCAGCCCUUCCAGUGUACGGCGUCCCACUGUGGUCGCCGCUUCUCCUACAUUCAAGCACUGCGGCGCCAUCGCUUGGUACACAGUCUCAAAAAAAAUCCUCAAACCCCCGCUGAUGAGAGUCUGCAGGAAGCUCAGGAAGCUGAGCUCGAAAAAGAUGAACCUCAGAACGGCGAACCCUGGAUGUACACCUGCCUGUAUUGCAGCGAGAGCUUCAGCUCGCUCAGUGCUCGCCGCGAGCACCACAAGACGCAUCCCGAGGAUGAUCUGAAGCGCUGCAACGACUGUGGAAAGAGACUGAGCUGUCAGGCUGCGCUGAUCAGGCACAAGCGAGGUCACAUGGGUGAUCGGCCACACAAAUGCCUGCUCUGCGGCUCCUGCUUUGUCUGCACCACCAGCUUCAAGCGCCACAUGCUCGUGCAUCAGCCCGAGAGGCCGUACCGCUGCAGCUGCGGUAAAGGCUUUACAUACAAAGGCGCCCUGCUUUCCCAUCAGCGCACUCACACAGCCGAGAGACGCUACAGGUGCUCUCGCUGCAACAGAUGCUUCCUCUACCCAGGAGAGCUGAGAAAGCAUGAAAGAACGCACUCGGAUGAGAAGCCGUACCUGUGUCCGCACUGUGGCAAGAGUUUUAAGAGAGAAAGGAUCCUCCGCGCACACGUCGCCGGCCACACUGAGGACAAAAUCUUCAAAUGCUCCUUAUGCAACAAAACUUUCGCAUAUAAAGCGAGCCUGACCAGACACGAGCUCACGCACACGGGCGAGAGACCGUUCCUCUGUUCAGACUGUGGCAAAACCUUCUUUUCCUUCGGGGAGCUGCUGAAACACCAGCGCUACCACACGGGAAUCAAGCCGUUCCAGUGCUCACACUGUGACAAGAGCUUCACACAGGCCUGCUACCUGCAGCUGCACACUAGGUACCACACCGGAGUUCGGCCCUACACCUGCCCCCAGUGCAGCAAAAGCUUCUUCACAUCAUGUCGCCUCAAGAGACACAUGCAGAUCCACACGGAUGAGAAGCCGUUCGAGUGCACAGAGUGCGGCAAGAGAUUUAGGCAGGCGUACGUGCUGAAAGUGCACCGCCGCACUCAUCUGGAGAAAGAACUGAGGGUUUAGUAGAAGAGACUUUUGUUUUCAGAGUGUUUUUUUUUUUCUUUUUGUACUUAACAAUAAUAAACCCGCCUACUUUUUGUUAGGUUUUCAUUUCAAAACAGAUGCACUUUCAGUUCAAAUCAGUAAAUAAAUUUGCUUUUCGGGUCAGCAGCCAAGGUUGAAUUAUUGCAUGUGGACGUGAACUCGCGUGUGUUCUGUCAAAUACGGCAGGUUCACCUGGAAGAAACAUCCGGCAGCUCCUCCUCUGAAUAUUUAUAUCUAGCAGAACGCAUUCAGGACGAAAAUGCACACAAGAACACAGAUAUGCUUAUAUUUAAACAUCACACUAGUGAUGUGACCUUAGAUAAGGAAGACACACUAUAUGGCCAAAAGUUUGUGGACACCAGAUCUUCACACUUAUAUGUAUCUCAUCCAAAUAUAUACCCCCCCGAGUCUGUUAUAAUAACCUCCAGUCUUCUGAGAAAGCUUUCCACUAGAUUUAGGAGAUGCCCACACACUUUUGAACAUAUGUUAGACAUUAGAAUUAAUUAUUUAGUUGAAUUUAAGGGAACACUGGGUGUGAGGCAGGAAUAGUCCAUGUCAUGUCAGUCCAUCACAGAUCAACAUUCACACACACCUUUAGAUGAGCUUCAAUUUUUAAAAAUGACCACAGAUUUGGGUCGAGACGCAUCGUUUGAUGUCAUCACGACACAUUUAGGCAAAUCUCUUUUCCAUCAUUCACAUGUGUGGAACAUGAGUGCAGCUCUCAUAGAAAGUCAUUACAUACGUGUCUUCACUGCUAAGAGUAUUCAAGUAGUUUUCAACAAAAAAAUACAAAAACUUCCUGCACUGAUGCACAGAUUCCUCUGGGCAUUUUGGUGUAAUCCUCAUCCCUGCACAUUUUGGGAGGUGGGAGGAAGCUGGAGAACCUGGAAGAAACCCAUAUAGAAAUGGAUGUGUGGAACCCAACACAAGCACUAACUUGCACCCAAGAACCUUGGAGCUGUGCUAUUACGAAGUAAAGAAGGUAGAAACUUUGUUUUACAAUCAGAUAAACUUUAUUACAUAUGCUUGCGAACCAACAGUAACACAACCCCCGUGUUCUUUCACAAGUAGCUUGCAAUAUACACUCACUUUAUUAGGAACAGCCACAUAUUUAUGCGCUUAUCCAAUCAGCUAUUCAUGUACGGUAGAUGGAGGCAAAGGUUUUCAGUUCAAGAGUUAAUGUUAACGUCAAACAUCAGAAAGAAAAAGUGUCAUCUCUGUGAUUUCAACUGUGACAUAGAGGUUGUUACCCAGAUGUUGUGGUUUGAGUAUUUUUAGAAACUGCUGAUCAUCUGGAAUUUUCACACACGACAGUCGCCAGAGGUUACAGAGUUUGUGGGUGGAAAUGCCCUGUUAUUAAGAGAGAUUAGAGUAAAACGGUCAGCUGCUACAGAUACAACAACUCAUAUAAUCACUCUUUUUUACCAUGGUGAUCAGAAAAGCAUGUCAGCAUGCACUGUUCCACUCCUUUGAGCCAAGAACAAGAUUCUGAAGCACAUUCGUCUCAGAUCUGUGAGGAGUUUCAGCCUACAGACCUUCUUCUCACCAGAAUUCUUUUUGUAUUUUUGCAUCAUUCAGUACUUUUCUGAUUGUGUAUGAAAAGUCACACAGGUCAUACUUUCUCUUCAUUCUGAUGUUUGAUUUGAACAUUAACUCUUGACUUGAUGUUUUGCAUGGUGCUGCUGCCACAAUGUUCGACUGAGUAGAAAACUGCUAAAUGUUUAGGUGUACAGGUAUU